GGCCAGGUUCUUUAUCACAUCAACACCAAGGGUGCUAAGCCAGAAAGACCUCAGAAGAUCCUACACCUUGUUCUGCUGACUUUACCUGGAGGACUAAGAAUCCAUGGAGCCUUUCCAAAGCCAUUCGAGAUCUCAAACAGCUAUAUUUCUAGCAGGUUGCAUCCUAAGCUGCCUCUUACAGGUGGUGUCAGUUCAGGGAAAUUUAACUGUGGCUUCUAUACCUGAACACCCCAUCCAGGGUCAAAGUAUCCUCCUGAAUAUAGAAGAGAAUGUCCAGGAGGAAUUCGAAGAAUGCGAGUGGACGCAACCCUCUGGAAACAAAAUUAUUUUUGUCCGCGGUACAAAAUUAACCCCGGUUAAUACUUCCCAAGUCGUAGUGGUGCAUCAGAAUUGUUCCUUGACUAUCAAAAAUCUGAGGCCAUCGGAUCAAGGAAAGUAUACAGUCAAAGUCACUGUUCCUCCUACAAAGCAGCAAGGGACAAGAGGCUCCGUUUAUAUCGGCUCCAUUUUUCUGAUUCUUUGUGAUGAAAAACAAAUUCGUAUCAACGUCAGACCUCCAAGUCCCAAGGUUGGCCAGGAUGUCGUGCUGACUCCCCAAGGCAUCCCAGACAACUACGACCACUGCGAAUGGAAUCAAAAAACCGAAUCUGGAGUGAGUAAACAAUUCCAAGAUUCUGGACAAGAGCCCAACAAACAGCAGGACCAACAACGGGGUUGCUCCUUGUAUCUGACCCCGAUAACCCAGGGUCAUUCUGGAGAAUAUUGUGUUUAUGUUGAGGUGUAUUCAGGCCAACAAUCCGCCAAAGAGAAGGGAAACAGAGAGCAAAUGAAGUGCUACAGAAGCCGGACACAGUUAAAGGUCAAAUCCGGAUCAACUUCUGUGAAAUAUAGCGUAGGCAUCAUUGCUGGGGCUUUGCUUGGAUCCCUCACCUGGGCCAGCAGUCUAUCCCUUGUGCCGCUGCUGUUUGGCGUGUUGUCACUAUUCUCCCCUGAAUGCUGAAUUUGGAAGCCAUUCCUUCUUUCGUGAAAGAUGUUUCCAGAGAAGGCAAACACACACGUUAUCCUCCAUCUGCGUGUGUAAAGCUGAACAGUUCUGUGCUUGGAUAUUAAUCUUGAUCUGAUGCUAAUUUCUUUUGAAGCUCAACUUUGACCCAAACUGUAUGUUAGCUUACUUUGUUUCUGUUUAUAUGAACAAAACCUAAGUCAUUCUCAACUUUUAAAAAGUGAGAAUGUUUGCAACCUACAAAACAGCUAAGAAAUAAAUCCAGGAGUCAAAAAAAAAAAAAGGAUGGCACAAAAUCAAAAUUAUCAUAACGUUUUGUAUUAAGCACCUCAGGCUUUAUAGGAAGUCAAUGUGAUGUUAUCCAGUUUGGAACACAACGGAAAAAUAUAUGGAUGCCCUUUACACAUUCUAACAUUGCUCAAAAUAAAAUGUGUUUUUUCACUUGAAUUAAA